GGUUCCAAUAUUUUGCUUGUUAUUUUUCGGUCAUAGAAAAAUGGCGUCUUUUCAUAGGCCUGAUUCCAACGCAUUCGACUGUUUACGGUGGGCGUACUAACAACAUUAACAACCACCGCUCUGUGAUGGUGGUAGUGUGUCGGAGUUGCAAGUGGCACCGUUUGAUGGAAAACCAAAACAAAAAUAUUUUCCUCCCGCGACCCACUCCUAACCCAAAAACGCAUUGGCAAUUGUAACGUGACGGCACUAUCAACCAUUCAGUUGGACUCCGUCAGUGGUACGUGCCUUCGUGUAGUGUAGGUUGUGCCUUCUUCGAAUGAAGACUUUUUCGUGCCAGUAGUAAUAAUUAGUUCUAAAAAGUGUCCUUCCCGUUGUGGUUGUGCAGCAAUCGAAAUGAGUGUCCGUCCGUUCGUAGCGCAGCUUCCUCGAAGUCCACAACAUGAUGACGAAAUUUUGAUACGGGGAAAACUUAAAAGCGAUGCUAGAGCGUUCUCUAUCAACUUCUGUCUGCCACGACCCGACCAGGUACCCGCCAAACAAACGCCCCCACACAUCGCUUACCAUUUUAAAACCAUUUUCCACGACGACGGCAGCAGUGCCGUGAUUCACAACUGGAAGAACCUCGUCUGGCAGGCGGAGGACGUCUACGAGAACUACUGGAUGUUGGACCGCAACGAAAAGUUUACUCUUAUUAUCCGAUUCCACGAGGAGGUGUUCAAGGUGUUUGCGGAAGACACGCAGCACACCCCCGAGUACGAGUUUGCCCACCAGCUUCCAUUCAGCAUGAUCCAAUCGAUUGAGCUCUGGGAUGAUAUCGAGUACGUGGAGGAAAUUGCUUUUAAGUAUAAAAAUAAAGGGUUCUAAACAUUCGGUAGCAAUUUCGCUGUUUGUUUAUGUUACGAACACGAAUUAAUUUCCUAGAGUCGGCAUACGCGUCCAAAGCAUGGUGGCGAUUAGCACGUCUUCUAGUCAUUUUCAGGAGUCGUUAAUCGAAACGACCCCUUCGACAUGUGUCUAAUGUAGUCAUUGUGGCAGCAGCAUUUUUACAAAGUAAGAAGAAGGGAGCACCCACAUCACACAAGCGCAGCUUUACCUGCCGCACCAGCCAUAUAGUUCAUAUGCCUCGCCAAUCGAAUUUUAUCGCAAAACAAGCACAAUACGCUUCUAUCUAUGUCAGUCUAUCAGUAUCAACCGUGUGUACGGUAAAUAAAUGUAUGCAUAAAAAAUACCAGUGUAAGUAGUGGUCAAUAGCAAAUGACAAGGACACAAUCAAUUGUAUGUGCCUUUCCACUCAAACAAAUUAAAAUUUAUCAGCUUAUCAAGUGUUAUAUACAAUCUACAGUGUAUUACAGUUCGUUAUCAGGACGGUUCACAAAGAACUGGUAGGCUUUUUACACUAUUGAAUGACGUCCUAAUAGAAGUGUGGAUUCCGCAGAACAAUUAAACGUAUUUAACGAAGUAAACCUGUACAA